AUGCUGAAUGUAAAGCGAAUGUUUUUAUUCAUAAAUCUAAGUUACUGGAAAAGUUAUAUUGUUGAUACGGAGGACAAUUGCCGAUACUUUCCAUUAUCCCCAAUUUGGUGCCUGGCGUGGAUAUGCCUGGACGUUCUGUUUUGCACAGCGAGUAUAAUGCACUUGUGUACAAUAAGCGUGGAUCGUUACCUGAGUCUCCGUUACCCAAUGAAAUUUGGCCGUAAUAAAACACGCAAACGUGUAGUCUUGAAAAUAGUCUUCGUUUGGAUUCUCAGUAUCGCUAUGAGUCUUCCACUUAGUCUCAUGUACUCUCAGGAUGAUGCUUCAGUACUCGUAGAUGGUGCCUGCCAAAUCCCAGACCCGCUUUACAAGUUGAUCGGCAGUAUAAUCUGCUUUUACAUCCCACUAGGCGUUAUGCUACUCACGUACGCUCUGACGGUUCGACUCUUGGCUGAACAACGUCAGAAUAUUGGUGGGACACCAGGUUUUGACAGACACGGGACUUGGAGACCCUUGCCAGCGAGCACAGGAAGUGCAGGAAGUAGUGGGACACCACAGCACACAUCGGCGGCCUCCACAGACACCGAACCGACUACUUUAGACACUCAGGAGCUGUGGAUGCCCGAGAGUAAACCGCCCCCGUCCGCGGUAUUGGCUCUCCAAGCUUUUGGCGCUGAAAUGCUCAAGCUGUCAAAGGGCCUCGAGGGGAUGGGCCACUUUGCCGGUGACCAGACUCCCAUUGUUGCUCCUUCUACUUCACAUCAGCACCAGCAAAUUUCGCUGGAUCGCAAUCGCUUUCGCAAUGGAGUCGGGGAAAGGGAGAGCCUGGCCAGCAGCGAGACAGGAUCGAGGGCCAGCUUGCCCCAGGACACGGAUUCUCCCACACCCUGGAAGCAGCGCAGAAGAGCCUCCACCUACAACGAGGCCUAUCUCCAGAGGAUGGAGAGCUCCCCCAAGAUGAGGAAGCGAGCUUUCAGCUUCCACGAGAGCAACUUGCUGGCCAAAUCCGGGGGCAAGGACCCAAGUCUUCCGCCCCCUUGCACCUGCCCCUACUUCGGGGAGUCCUCCAAGAAACCCCCCGUAAACUCUGGAGAGGUCGUUAUCGUCUCCAGCGACAGCCUCAAGCCUAUCGCUGCCAAGAAUCUCACUGUCGCGGGAAAAAGUCAGAGGCCGGAAAAUAACAAAACUUUUGAGGGAUCCAAUUCUAUAGUCACGUGGAAAGGCAAUAGGCGAGGUUCUAGUAUUGGAAGUACUCGGACAGUUCUGACCUCGUCGUGUCCGACGCCUCUGAGGCGAGCAGUGACCAUGAAGGCGCACAACGGAGCGACGUCGCUCUCCAGAAGUUCAAACUCUUCAUCCCCGUGCUUGCUGCGAUAUCCAGGAGUGAGAACUCCGCACUCGCGGAACAGCAGUGUGAUGUCGAGGAACAGCUCGAAUCGGGGGAACGUGAUCAGGAUCGAGCAGAAGGCGACCAAGGUCCUCGGGGUGGUCUUCUUCACCUUCGUGAUCCUCUGGGCGCCAUUCUUUGUGCUGAACCUGGUGCCGGCCAUCUGUCCCGCUUGCGAGAAGCGGAUCGACAAGAAGAUCUUCGACAUCGCGACCUGGCUCGGGUACUCCAGCUCUAUGGUGAAUCCUGUCUUCUACACGAUCUUCAACAACAUCUUCCGACAGGCUUUUAAAAGCGUUCUGCUCUGCCGGUAUCGCAAGCCUGCUUGGCGACCCGUCAGACAUUUACCAACACUCACACUCGACUUGGACUGGUGA